GACACAGCUGCGAAGGUAAAAGUGAACAAAGAUACCAUUCCAAACACGAAGUGGAUACUGAAACGACGCACUAUCACUCUUAAACAGAAAAAAAUGCCUGAGGAGGAUGCACGUGAUGUCACGUACGAGAUCAUAUAUGGCCUAAUAAUGCUCUCUGACGAAGAUACCUCAGAUGAAGAUGCGGAAUCGUUUUCUGUUCCUCGUCAUUCCUCCCACAUAGUUGCUCAAGUCUUGGCGUUCGUACUGUUCGAACCAGCAUUUCCGGAUAACCUUUAUGUGGAUGCUGGAAAGUGA